UUUCUCAGCAUCCUGAACAACAUGAAGAUCAUCAUCUUUGCUCUUGUCUCCGUUUUGGCCCUGGCCGUUGCCGACGACUGCAUCUGCACCAAAGAAUACAAUCCUGUGUGUGCUUCGGAUGGAGUUACCUACGGCAAUGAGUGUCUCUUCAGAUGCGCCCAGAGAGUCUGGGAAUUCCUCAAGAUCAUCUAUAGAGGCAUAUGCGGAGGGAAGAGAGAAUGUCCAUGCCCAUUUAUACUCUACCCAGUCUGCGGCAGCAACGGUGUGACCUACGCUAAUGAAUGUCUACUGAAUUGCGAAAAGAAAUAUGACGCAACACUUUACUUAGCCUACUUUGGAGAAUGCUUAUAAGUAACCCGAAAUUAUAGAUGAAAUAAAAUAAACAUUGCAUUAUAAA